AAAAGCAAAGACUUCUUCUCAGUUAAGUUUUAGUUAAUUCCUAAAAAUCAAAACUUUAUAUAAUGAUUCAUCACUAGCAGAGGCUAGGGGAAGAAGAAGGAGGAUGACAGACAGCAAGGUAGAGACUCUAUCAAGGUUAGCUCAAUGGAGGAUCGACAAUUUCACAGCAUCUACUUACAAAAGAUCUGACCCUUUUAAAAUUGGUAUAUGGAACUGGCAUCUGUCAAUUGAGAAGAAUCGGUAUUUGUAUAUUCGAUUGUUUCCUGAACCUUCUCGGCUAUCGAAAGAGCAGCUUCCUCCUCCUUUUGCUCGCUUUAUGCUUCGUGUUACUACAACUGGAACCAAUCGGAGACCUCAUAUAUCUCCUGUAUAUGAGAGGCUGCUUCGAACAAGUGAUGACUUUGUGUGGCCUAUUGAUUCUUGUUUACAAGGUCGAUUUGUCAUUGAUGUUGAGUUCCUUGACCUGAAGAUCUACACCCCAAAUGGUGGAGAAGGAAAAUCUAUAUGGCCCAAUGACAUGAUUUUGCAAUCUUUAGCUACCCAAAGUACUCUCCGAUGCCUCUCUCGCAUGCUUGAUGAGUCCAUCCAUGCUGAUGUUACCAUUAAUACGGCUGAUGGAUCAGUGCAAGCUCACAGAGCGAUACUGUCUGCUACUUCUCCUGUAUUCCACAGCAUGUUCCUUCACGAUCUCAGGGAGAAAGAGUCCUCUAUAAUCGACAUAGAAGACAUGUCAACAGAAUCAUGCACAGCGCUUCUUAGUUACUUGUAUGGAACCAUAAAACAAGAGGAUUUCUGGAAGCACCGAUUGGCAUUACUGGGUGCGGCAAACAAGUAUGAUAUUGUAGAUUUGAAGAAUGCUUGUGAGGAAAGUCUCCUAGAAGACAUCAACUCGGGUAAUGUCCUCGAAAGACUGCAAGAGGCCUGGCUUUACCAGCUAAAUAAAUUGAAAAAAGGUUGCUUGAUGUAUUUGUUCGAUUUUGGCAAGAUUUAUGAUGUUAGGGAGGAAAUUAACAACUUCUUCAGACAGGCAGAUAGAGAUCUGAUGCUAGAGAUGUUUCAAGAAGUGCUCACAGUUUGGAAGCCUGCCUAACAUGAUGAGGUUUUUGCCAUAGUUGUAUAUGGGAUAACUCUUAUCUAUUAAUUACUAAGCUGUAGCUUUCUAAGAAAGCCAUGUUGUAUCUAUAUGCUAAUCCUGUGUAAAUUUUGUUGAACUUAUUAAGUGUGUUAUCUGGUAUAAGUUUAUAUAAAUGGUUAAUGUUCUGUUUGCAAGCA